AAGUGAGACCUACGACGACGACCACUACCCUUGAUCGUUUCAUUCGAAAACAAUCCGCCAGAGCUCGGGCGGGUUGUUGAGCUCGGUGACGGUGUACGCAGUCCAUACUUGAGAGUAGUCGGCGGAGUCGUCUUCUCGGAAGAAGUCGUUUGGACAGAUCGGAUAUCCGUGGGGAAAUUCUCGGAUCUGUUCAUCGGUGCCGCGAUUGGGAACAGCCAGCAAGCGGUGCUGUUCUGGUUUGCUUCCUCUGAGGCUGUCGACCUGUUCCUGAAACUUCUUCGGGAGCAGCAACAUGUAUCUGGAGACGUAUUUAGACACUUUGGAGUCUCUGCCGCAAGAUCUCCAUAGGAGUUUCAUUCUCAUGAGAGAUCUCGAUGGAAAAGUCCAAGAUAUCCUCAAAGGAAUCGAUAAGGAAUCUCACAACUACAUGGAUAAUACGGCGAAAUUGUCGCCAUCAAAGCGUCGCGAAGCUACCGACAAGAUCACGAAGAUGUAUGCGAAAGCAAAAGAGCUCGCCGAUGACAAAGUUCAGCUGGCCAUGUCGACAUACGAAACGGUGGACAAGCACAUUCGACGACUCGAUACGGAACUGGCGCGCUUCGAAAACGAGCUAAAGGAGAAGCUCUUGUCGAAAAAUGGUGCACCUACCAUCAAAGGAGACAAACGCAAACGUGACCGCAAGAAGGACGCACCUAAACAGCGCAAGAAAGGAAAGAACGUGCACAACAUCAUAGAACCGGAUCCUAUGCUUCUUCCGUCGCUCCAGAGCAUAACGAACAGCGGCGACGUCAUGGAUAUGCCCGUUGACCCCAACGAGCCAACAUACUGCUUAUGCCACCAGGUCUCCUACGGAGAAAUGAUCGGAUGCGAUAACCUAGAGUGUCCAAUCGAAUGGUUUCACUUCGUCUGCGUGGAUCUGAAAACGAAACCCAAGGGCAAGUGGUUUUGUCCGAAGUGUGGUCCACCAGCGACGACAGAGAAGAAGAAGAAGUGAUGGGUGACCCUCCCGGGAGGAGUGACGAAACGCACGACGAGAUGAUCUCAAAUCAUUGAUUCCGAAAUUCUCGAGACGAAUUCCAUCGUUCCAAGAUCCUCUUGAUGGUCCUCCUCUCAUGCCUCCCAGUGGGGAAAUCGCCGAACUCGGAAGAGUGGAAGCCUCUCGGCGAUCGAUAUGAUUCGGUGUGAGACAUUUCAUUACUGAUUUAUCCUUUACAAAGCAUCCAGGGAAUCGUCGUGGAAUGGCUCGUCGGAUACGCUAUCGAUGCAUAUUGUUAUCAUUUGUCUAUGAAUAUCAUCUCGAUUGAGAUGGGGUAAUAAACAUGUACAGUGAU